GGGCCUUGUUUGGGGCAACCUAAAUAUUUACAGGUUAAUGUUAUAUUCUCUAUUUCACAAAACCUGCGUGAAAGAAGAAUCUCUACGCCGUUCUCUGCGUCCCUAUUGGUACGGUUUCGCUGCAAUAAACCGUCGUAAAAAUGCCACAACUUUGCGAUACCGGAUAAAAACCCCGGUACUGCGCUGGCGUGAAUUUUCUAUGACACCCCGCCGCCAUGUUUAAAUAACGAACAACAACAGGUGAGACAGGUAAGGCGUCAAGUUGAGUUUCCCACAGUAGAGACAACCGAGGCAAGAGGCUGCAGCAAUGGGUACUCGUACCUGUACAGGUCUCGUCAUACUAUUCCUGUCCCUUGCCACAUUCCUAGCAGUAAUAUCCUACUCCGUCAACCACUGGGGACAACUCAACUUCUACUCUGCUACAUUCGGUCUCUGGAAGAUCUGUGACCAGCCCGUGCGACUGCCCUACCGGAUCGAGUGUCGCUGGAUCCACGAGUCGAGGGAGCGGCGUGACCAGUACGCUCGGCAAAACUAUAACGCUGAGUAUCGCGGCAUCAGCGGUGCAAACAACAGGAACAGCUACGGAAGCAACCGUUACAGCAACAGAUACAACGAUAAUAGAUAUUACGAUAACAAAUAUGGCAGGAUGCCAUAUCAGACAAGGGAAUAUCCAGAUUGGUUCCUCGCGUGCGAGGUGUUGUUCACGAUCUCCAUGCUGUCUCUUGUCGUCUGCCUCAUCCUGCUGCCCUUCUACAGCUGCCUCUGUUCGAAGGAAGGCAGAUGCUUCGUCUGUCUUGGUCGAACGAUCUUCACGUUACUCGCCAUCGCAUUGCUCGUGAAGGGAGUUGCACUGCUAGUGUUUGCACUGAGCGUGCACACGGGAGAUAGAGACGACAUUAAGGGAAAUACGAUCGUUGGACUUGGCUGGGGCUUCUAUCUCAUGGUCGGUUCGUGGGUCAUGACUGCCCUGUCUGUGGCUGUUACGGUAAUUACACACAGACGGGCUCUCGACUAGAGA